CACAAAGCCCCGCACAAUCGGCCGGGCUUGUAUUCGGGCAAUUACGGGCGCAUCGGUCGCGUGGCUGCCACUGGGCAUGCCCAGCCCCGGGUCACGUGACAUCUGUCAUGGCCGCCUCCGUGGCCCGGGGAGGCGUGAGUGCCAGGCUUCUGCUGCGGGCGGCCAGGCGAGCCUGGUGGAGCCGGCCUGCAGGCUCCUGGGGGUCUGGGGAGGCGGCGGCGCCAGCGACCGCCAGAAGAUUCCGAGCGACAGGCUCGCGCCCGGCGGGGGAGGAGGAAGCCGGCGGCCCCGAGCGGCCCGGGGACGUAUUCCACCUGGCCACUGCGUCCAUCGUCAAGUUUGGCAUCUGCACCUCGUCUGUCCCCAGGGUGAACGUGGUGUUCGUAGACCGGUCAGGCCAACGGAUUCCGGUGAGCGGCAGAGUGGGGGACAAUGUUCUCCACUUGGCCCAGCGCCAUGGAGUGGACCUGGAAGGGGCCUGCGAGGCUUCCCUGGCCUGUUCUACCUGCCACGUAUACGUGAGCGAGGACCACCUGGACCUGCUGCCUCCUCCUGACGAGAGGGAGGACGACAUGCUGGACAUGGCCCCCCUUCUUCAGGAGAACUCCCGGCUGGGCUGCCAAAUCGUGCUGACUCCCGAGCUGGAAGGGGCCGAGUUCAGGCUGCCGAAGAUCACCAGGAACUUCUACGUGGACGGCCAUGUCCCCAAGCCCCACUGACGCGGGCAGCCGGGGCCAUCCCGGACACCCGUGGCCCUCGGGGCCAGGACUGGAAGAGUAGCCGAGCUGCCAGCCCGGCCCAGAGCGUGGACAGGCCCGAGAGAGAUGUCGGGAGCGACCAGAAGUCCAAAGCCCCUGCUUCAGAGAGAUCCCGUGUCCAGGCUCUGGUUGGGGGGCCACCAGCCCCUGCUGGGGGAGCCGAGGCCAAGCUCACUAGAAUCAGUGGGUGGAUAGGGUGGAAUCUGACAAUAAAACUGGCUCACAGAGA